AUUUUUACAUCAAACAUGCAAAAGUUCUCAUAUGAUUUAUCCUUGUUCCAUUUUUUACAUCACAAAAACCAGAGUAGUGCAUAGACUUUUUACAUCCACUGUCACUUGCGUCAAUCUACCCACAGUUUCCUCCACAAAAUAUUAAUAUUUCUGUUUUUUUUUUUUUUCCUGUCAGGCCAGAGUGAAGUAAAGACGAUGGAAGACAGAAGCUUAUUGCAGAAUAUUCGCAGGCCACCCAAACUCAGCACACCCGUUCUAAUAAUCUCCAAACUCAUUGUGACUGCCCUGCCCAUCGCUCAGGUCUCAAUUGGUGCAAUAUAUCUGCAUGACUGUCCAAAGCAGCCCUAUAUUCCCAUCUAUCUGCUGGUGUCAGGUGUGUUUGCAUUGGUGCUCGGUCUGUUGUCCUGCCUUCCAUGCACUCAGGAGCCAGAAGAUGGCACUCAAACUCCUCUGAGUAGUCUCUGCACUGCCUGGAAUUCACUUGUGUCCCUUUUUCUCUUCUGCUGGUUCAUUGCUGGUAAUGUAUGGAUCUACUCUAUUUACCAGCCUAAUUACAAUGGCAACGAUUAUUGCAAUAAGACACUUUACCUGUUUGCUUUCUGGACCACCACAUUGGUCUAUAUAUUGCUAGGUAUUGUCUUCUUAGGAGGUUGCUGUAUGUUAUUCUGCCUGUGUUUGUGUGGAAGGAGUGGAAAUGUGGAAGACGUAUGAUGGACAGGGCCAGCAGUCAGCAGUAAUAUUACUAAUAAUAAAAACACUCUUGUGGACUUUUUUUUUUUGGCCUUUAUUUGAUGUUGUGCCACUUGCUGGGUCAGUUAUGAGCUUUUGCACAAUUGAAAACCUUAUUAUGUUAUGUAACUCUCUAUAAUUCAUGUGUAUAAAUGCAUUUGUAUUGUUGGGCACCAGAACUUUUUGACGAGAGAAGAUGCAAGUUAAUUAACUGGACUGGUAUACUGUCUUUAUAAUGGGAUGUGCCAGAUUUUGCAUUUGAGAAUAUUGUGGAAUGCUGCAUAAAAACAAAAAAGAUUAAUAAAUUGAUACAAAAGAUUA